AUGCAGUUGGAGCGCAGUCCGACGCUCAUCCCGUCCAUUAAUGCUGGAGUUUGGGAACAUGGCAUAUCUACACGGUUGGUGCUAUUCAGAGACUGGAUCUGGAAAGAUGAGAGUCCGUCAACGGUAUGCUUUGCCGGCGUGCAGAAGCUAGACGGCAAAGCUGGGCCGAACAUGAUGCAAAGCGCAGCAGCGUUCAGAGUUGAAGCGACGGGCCUGAUUGGCGUGCAUUACGACCUGGGCCAGCCAUCGAUACUGCUAUCGACGACCCCACGGGCAAAACGCAAACUGGCAGAAGCUGGUCUCGAGGUGCCCGAUAGCGAUGACGACGGCGAGGGAUACGGGUGGGAACAAGAGGACGAUGCGGCACUUCCCGGGAUGCCACCGCAAUGGCAAGGCAGCGAAGAUUUGAUCCUGGGAACGCAGGCCGACCGCGACAAGGAGGACGAGGAUGAGGACGGCGGCGGCGGCGAGGAUGAUGACAACGACGACGACACAGAAGAAGUGGAGGAUAGGAACGGCUAG